GCACGAGACUUCCAUGCGCCGCCCGUGCAAGUGGUGACAGACUGAUCAAAGUUUACUUAAGAACAACAUCAUGGUCAAUUUCAUAUGGAGUUUACUUUUUAUUCUUCUGGGACGGCAUGUUUGUGGUGAAACGACGCGUGCCGAAUACAGAAGGCGCGUGGACUUGGCAAAUACGAUGUUUACUGAUGCACAUAUUCACUUCACUCCAAAUACAACUUCUUUAAAGUGUAUUGAAAACUGUUUUUAUAUCAGUAACUGUGUGGUCGUGAUGUCUUCAGGUGAGGGCGGUGAUGCGGAGUGUUAUUUAUACGACAAGCAGACUGUUGACAUGACGAACCAAGUUUCGAGCAAUACAACGCAUAUCUUCGACAGAGUCUCGUCAGUCAAUGUUGACUGUCCCAUCCCGUCAACAACGUCCACGACACCGACCACAACACCGACCACGACCCCCGUGCCUACAUACCUGCUAUUUAAGUCGGAGACUCUGACUUGGGAGGGGGCAAGAGGGGUAUGCCAGACGGAUGGUGGUGACCUGGCCAUCCUUGAUACCCCGGAAGAAGUACAGACCGUGAUGGACACAAUGCUAGGGUACUACAUAUGGAUAGGAUUCAACCGAUCCACCCCGGAUGGCGUGAACACCUGGGUAGAUGGACGGACCGUGGUGGGUGUGACCUGGAAGCCUGGCUCGCCCGUGACACCUGGUGAAUUGUGUGGCUCUAUUGCUAUAUCAGCAACAACGUACCAUAAGUUUGAGGUCUGUUCAAGGAGUGACCCCUUCAUCUGCGAGUUACCGGUUGUGUAAACACCAGGUUCUAAUGCUGCUGUACAGAUUGUCCUGAUCUUCUGUCGGUGAUAACAGGAGUCUCUGUGCUAUAUCUUCUGUCGGUGAUAACAUGAGUCUCUGUGCUAUAUCUUUUGACGGUGAUAACUUGAGUCUCUGUGCUAUAUCUUCUGCCGGAGAUAACAGGAGUCUCUGUGCUAUAUCUUCUGACGGAGAUAACAUGAGUCUCUGUGCUAUAUCUUCUGUCGGUGAUAACAUGAGUCUCUGUGCUAUAUCUCCUGUUGGUGAUAAAUUGAGUCUCUGUGCUAUAUCUUCUGCCGGUGAUAACUAGAGUCUCUGUGCUAUAUCUUCUGCCGGAGAUAACAGGAGUCUCUGUGCUAUAUCUCCUGUCGGUGAUAACAGGAGUCUCUGUGCUAUAUCAUCUGAGGGGACAAGAUGAAUCUCUCUGCUAUAUCUUCUGACGGGGACAACAGGAGUCUCUGUGCUAUAUCUCCUGUCGGUGAUAACAGGAGUCUCUAUGCUAUAUCUUCUGACGGGGACAACAUGAGUCUCUAUGCUAUAUCUCCUGUCGGUGAUAACAGGAGUCUCUAUGCUAUAUCUUCUGUCGGUGAUAACAUGAGUCUCUGUGCUAUAUCUUCUGACGGGGACAACAGGAGUCUCUGUGCUAUAUCUUCUGCCGGAGACAACAGGAGUCUCUAUGCUAUAUCUUCUGACGGGGACAACAUGAGUCUCUGUGCUAUAUCUCCUGUCGGUGAUAACAGGAGUCUCUAUGCUAUAUUUUCUGACGGGGACAACAGGAGGUUCAAUGCUAUAUCAUCUGAGGGGACAACAGGAGUCUCUGUGCUAUAUCUUCUGACGGUGAUAACAGGAGUCUCUGUGCUAUAUCUUCUGACGGUGAUAACAGGAGUCUCAAUGCUAUAUCUUCUGACGGUGACAACAUGAGUCUCUGUGCUAAAUCUUCUGACGGGGAUACUAGGAGUCUCUAUGCUUUAUCUUCUGACGGGGAUAACAUGAGUCUCUGUGCUAAAUCUUCUGACGGGGAUACUAGGAGUCUCUGUGCUUUAUCUUCUGACGGGGAUAACAGGAGUCUCUGUGUUCUAUCUUAAUCACAGUGUUACUAAAAUUUCACAAAACAAUUUAAAUAUCUAUAUUGAUUUAUUUUGGUUUUACAUACACAUUGCUAAGUCAUACAUUACAUAACGAGCAUGUAUAGUGACGUAGGCAUAUCCGGUUCAUAUUUUU